AUGAAACUUGUUCAAUGGAGUAUUGUUCUUGGGGUUUCUAGCAUGGCUCUUGCAGCUGUUCCUUCUGAUAGUCCAGAAGAUAACCCCAACUUGCAGCGUCGUGCAUUGGAAUUGGAAUUACCAGAACAAGAUGUGCACAUGUUUGCUCGCUCACCUAUACCACCAGUAUCAAAAAUACAACAGCGACAGGAUGCUAUAGCAAAUUAUAAACAGGCGUACAAAGAACUAAAUAAUCACAGGCUUAAUCUUAGACAACAAAAAGAAAAUGGGCUAAAGAAACAUUUAGACAUUUUGAAUCAGAAAAGACAAAAAAUAGAACUUGCAAAACAGAGGAGGCAACGAGUUCAAGGAAUCAAGGAAAGACUCAUAAAAGAAAGAAAAGGCGAAUUGAAACCAAAAAACGAAAAAAAAGUAAUCAAGGCUUUACCUAUAAAAGAAAAAAAAGUAGUCAAUGUUUUACCUAUAAAAGAAAAGAAAAAUGGGUUUAUGAAAUUUAUAGCAAAGAUGACAGGAAAGAAGUGA